AUGAGCCUACCGCGUCGUCCGCCAGCAACUUACACCGUGGCGUGGGUGUCUGCCCUGCCUCUCGAGUCGGCAGCGGCGGCAGAGAUGCUUGACGAAGAACACUGCGAUCCUCGAAGUCAGGGUAGCAAUACGGACCAAUAUGUUUUCGGCCGGAUAGGUAACCACAAUGUCGUGAUGGUCUGUCUGCCGUCGGGCCGGAUGGGAAACAACUUGGCCGCCGCCGUCGCGGGACGGCUUACAACAGCAUUCCCGUCGAUCAAGUUCGCUCUGAUGGUGGGAAUCGGUGGUGGAGUCCCAACAACGAGUGCAGAUAUAAGACUCGGAGACGUUGUGGUCGGCCACCCGCACUCGCAGCAUGGUGGAGUGGUCCAGUAUGACUUUGGUAAGACUGGUCCAAACGGACAAGUACACAGAACUGGAUUCAUCAACGCACCGCCGAAGGUGCUCCUCGAUGCAAUCGCAAAGCUGCGAGCAAACCAUUACCGUAGUCUGAAUGAUGUCUCUGCACAUCUAUCCGCUUUCGACCGGUUGGCACAAUUCAGUCGAAACACAACAGGCCCUGAUGUACUCUUUCAAGCGGCAUACGAGCACGAUCGGGGAGAUAACUGCGAGAGCUGCAACAAGGAAAUGAUUAUCGAACGGCCUAAGCGAAGGUCCAAAGAGGUGGUAAUUCAUUAUGGCACAAUUGCGUCGGGGAACCAGGUGAUGAAGGACGGCGUGACCAGGGACAAGAUAAGUGUUGAGCUCGGCGGAGUGUUGUGCUUUGAGAUGGAGGCGGCUGGUCUGGCCGAUGCAUUUCCAUCCGCGGUGAUUCGUGGCAUCUGUGACUAUGCCGACUCGCACAAGAAUAAGAGUUGGCAGCUGUAUGCUGCGGCGGCAGCGGCGGCAGUUGCCAAAGAAUUGCUGCGGGUCGUCCCCGCAGAAGAGAUCACCAAGACUAACAUCGUAUUGCGACAUGGUUGUACUGCUAAUAAAUUCGUGUUAGACGCUGAAAAGUACCGAGUUUCAUUCAGUCUCAAAGGCAUUCCUCGAGGUAGAUUUGCGGAUAGGCCGGAAGAGAUGAGACGUUUAGAACAAGUUCUUAUGACACAAAGACAGGCUCAAUCAGAAGACUAUCGGCAGCAAGUGGUAGUGCUGCAUGGCCUUGGUGGAAUAGGCAAAACUCAGCUUGCCGCCGAGUUUGCCAGGAAGCACCAAGCUGCGUUCACGUCGGUAUUCUGGUUGGACGGAAGCAGCAAAGCUAGCCUAAAGCAAAGCAUUGCUGAUUGUGCAGGUCGUAUUCCAGAAGGGCAGAUUCCUGAGACAAGUAGAAAAUACUCGUCUUGCGUAACCGGUGAUCUUAAUGCUGUUAUCAGUGAUUUCAUAGAGUGGCUGAGCAGAACGGAGAACAAGCACUGGCUGAUUAUAUUUGAUAACGUGGACCGCGACUACCAGCAAGAGACCGAUAUCGACGCCUAUAAUGUCAGCAACUACAUACCGGAGGUUGACCAUGGAUUGAUUCUGAUUACCACGCGGCUUGCGAACCUCCAACAGAUUGGUGAAUCUUUGCAGUUAGGGACUGUUGAUAUGAGCCAAGCGCGGGCUAUUUUUCGAAAGUGGUACAACCAAGACUUUGAUCCGAAUGACAGUGAUGAGCUACUUCGACUGCUUGGUGGACUACCUCUAGCCCUGGCCCAGGCUGCGGCCUAUAUGAGCGAGACGGGGACGAGCUUCAGUACGUACACUAGGCUAUACAAUGAGCAGUGGAAGGAUCUGAUGGAGAGUGAGAACACGGCACCGCUGAGAAGCUAUGGGAACCGCAGCAUAAACACGACGUGGACGGUCUCAUAUAAUUCGAUACGCGCCAAGAAUGAGAGCGCAGCAAAUCUUCUUCUGUUAUGGACCCACCUUGACCAUAAAUCGCUGCCGUUCUGGAUUCUUCAAGCUGGAGUACAUAGGUCUAGUGCAUUAGCUAAAGACUUGUCGGCAUGGCUGAGAGACGCCGCCAAUGAUGAAGUAAAAUUCUUGCAAGUAGUUCGACUUCUACGGGGCUAUUGUUUGAUUGAAAGCCUACAUGGAAGUUCGACCCAUAGUACUCAUCCUGUAGUGCACCAGUGGGCAUUUCAUAUACAAGAUAAACAUCAACGAGCAGAGCUAUCACGACUAGCAGUUCUCAUAAUUGGAUAUGCUGUUCCAGAUGAGUACGACACAGAAUAUCACCAGAAGCAGCAGCAGUUAUUUCCACAAGCGGAGUCUUGGAUAGAAAGAAUGGAGCGAGCGCGAGCAACAGCGGAUACAAUGGCAGAAGUGGAUGAGGAGGUAUCAUACGCACUGCAUAUGAUGGGUAUGCUAUUAUCGGAUCGAGGCAACCUAGGAAAGGCGGAGAAGAUGUACCAGCGGGCGCUGGAAGGCAAGGAGAAGGCCUGGGGCCCUGAUCAUACAUCGACACUCGACACUGUUAACAACCUGGGCCUUCUCUAUGCUGACCAAGGGAAGCUGGCGGAUGCUGAGAAGAUGUAUCAGCGGGCGCUGGAAGGCUACGAGAAGGCCUGGGGCCCUGAUCAUACAUUGACACUCGACACUGUUAACAACCUGGGUAUCCUCUAUAAAAACCAGGGGAAGCUGGCGGAUGCUGAGAAGAUGUAUCAGCGGGCGCUGGAAGGCAAGGAGAAGGUCUGGGGCCCUGAUCAUACAUCUACACUCGUCACUGUUAACAACCUGGGUAACCUCUAUGCUGGCCAGGGGAGGCUAGUGGAUGCUGAGAAGAUGUAUCAGCUGGCGCUGGAAGGCAAGGAGAAGGCCUGGGGUCCUAAUCAUACAUCGAUACUCGACACUGUUAACAACCUGGGCCUUCUCUAUGUUGACCAGGGGAAGCUGGCGGAUGCUGAGAAGAUGUAUCAGCGGGCGCUGGAAGGCUACGAGAAGGCCUGGGGCCCUGAUCAUACAUCGACACUCGACACUGUUAACAACCUGGGUAUCCUCUAUAAAAACCAGGGGAAGCUGGCGGAUGCUGAGAAGAUGUACCAGCGGGCGCUGGAAGGCUAUGAGAAGGCCUGGGGCCCUGAUCAUACAUCUACACUCGUCACUAUUAACAACCUGGGUAACCUCUAUGCUGACCAGGGGAGGCUAGCGGAUGCUGAGAAGAUAUACCAGCGGGCGCUGGAAGGCUACGAGAAGGCCUGGGGCCCUGAUCAUACAUCGACACUCGUCACUGUUAACAACCUGGGUAACCUCUAUGCCGGCCAGGGGAGGCUAGCGGAUGCUGAGAAGAUGUAUCAGCGGGCGCUGGAAGGCAAGGAGAAGGCCUGGGGCCCUGAUCAUACAUCGACACUCAACACUGUUAACAACCUGGGUCUUCUCUAUGCUGACCAGGGGAAGCUGGCGGAUGCUGAGAAGAUGUAUCAGUGGGCGCUAGAAGGCAAGGAGAAGGCCUGGGGCCCUGAUCAUACAUCAACACUCGACACUGUUAACAACCUGGGUAACCUCUAUGCCGGCCAGGGGAGGCUAGCGGAUGCUGAGAAGAUAUAUCAGCGGGCGCUGGAAGGCAAGGAGAAGGCCUGGGGCCCUGAUCAUACAUUGACACUCGACACUGUUAACAACCUGGGCCUUCUCUAUGCUGACCAAGGGAAGCUGGCGGAUGCUGAGAAGAUGUACCAGCGGGCACUAGAAGGCUACGAGAAGGCCUGGGGCCUUGAUCAUACAUCGACACUUGACACUGUUAACAACCUGGGUAUCCUCUAUAAAAACCAGGGGAAGCUGGCGGAUGCUGAGAAGAUGUACCAGCGGGCGCUGGAAGGCUACAAGAAGACCUAG